AUGCGUCCCCAGGUGGCGGAUAGUGAAGUACUCGCGGACCAAAAGCGACCUUGUGCGUGCCCUGAGACACAGGUGGAUUCAGAGGACGGACUUCCUCUUUCUGCUGUGCCAGGAAUGACUCAUAAAAUCUUCGAAACUCGCACGUCGAUCCGGCCAAAAGCCUGCAUUCAAGUAACUGGGAGGUGCAAGAGUGUCGGUUUGGAGUCGUCUCUAACAAAUAAGCUCCACCUGCCCACUCCGGAAGGACGCAGCGUUCUCCCAGAAGCUCAUGGAAAUAGGGGCUCGCAACCUGCCUAUGGGUUUUAA